CGAUGGCGCAGGCAUAGGAGAAAGACAAUUGGCAAGAGCCGCACUCAGAGUAAACCAGACAACUGGACCGAACUGUACAGAUGGAAGAAGACAGAAGUGAUCAGAUGAGGCCCCUCUUGAGAACAGGUCCCGACGAGGAGGCUGUUGUUGAUCUCGGCAAGACGAGCUGUGCCAUCCACACAAACUUCGAGAAAGAGGAGCUAGAAAGCCACCGAGCAGUGUAUGUUGGAGUACACGUUCCGCUGGGCAGACAGAGCAAACGCAGGCACCGUCACCGCGGACACCGACAUCAUCGCAGGAGGAGGUAUCAUGGCUCUGAACAAGAGGAGGGAAGGGAGUCCCCAGUCUAUGACACCCCAUCCCAGCGGGUGCAGUUCAUCCUCGGCACAGAGGAUGAUGAUGAAGAACACAUCCCGCAUGACCUCUUUACCGAGCUGGAUGAGCUGUGUUUCCGUGAUGGUCAUGCCUAUGAGUGGAAAGAGACAGCCAGGUGGUUGAAGUUCGAGGAGGAUGUAGAGGAUGGUGGCGAGCGCUGGAGCAAACCCUACGUGGCCACACUCUCCCUGCACAGCCUGUUUGAGCUGCGCAGCUGCAUCCUCAGCGGAACAGUCAUGCUUGACAUGCGAGCCGACUCCAUUGAAGAGAUUGCAGACAUGGUGAUCGACAACAUGGUGGCAUCUGCGCAGCUCGAUAAUUUGCUGCGGGAGAAGGUACGGGAGGCCAUGCUCAAGCGCCAUCACCACCAGAAUGAGAAGAAGUUGAGCAACCGCAUCCCACUGGUGCGCUCCUUCGCCGAUAUGGGCAAGAAGUACUCAGACCCACACCUGCUUGAUCGCAAUGGUCACUUGGCAUCCCAGAACUCUGCCCCAGGGAACCUGGAAAAUGGCAAACCCAGUGAAACUCGUGGUAAUAUAGGGGGUAACAGCCGAGAGAACAGCACUGUGGAUUUCAGCAAGGUGGACAUGAAUUUCAUGAAGAAGAUCCCAGCAGGUGCUGAGGCCUCAAAUGUGCUGGUGGGCGAGGUGGACUUUCUGGAGAAGCCUAUUGUUGCCUUUGUCCGCCUUUCGCCUGCAGUCCUCCUUACAGGCCUUACAGAGGUGCCAGUGCCCACCAGGUUUUUGUUCCUGCUGCUUGGCCCCUUUGGCAAAGGGCCUCAGUACCAUGAGAUUGGCAGGUCCAUAGCAACACUGAUGACAGAUGAGAUUUUUCACGAUGUUGCAUACAAAGCCAAAGACCGAAAUGACCUCUUGUCUGGGAUAGAUGAGUUCCUGGACCAGGUGACUGUGUUGCCUCCAGGGGAAUGGGAUCCUAAGAUACGUAUCGAACCCCCAAAGAGUGUCCCAUCUCAGGAGAAAAGGAAGAUGCCCUUGCAGUCUCAUGGCUCAGCCAGUGCCUUAGAUACUGUGAAGGAGGUGGAACACCACACUGGACCAGAGCUCCAGCGAACAGGACGAAUCUUUGGGGGUCUGGUGUUGGACGUGAAACGUAAGGCCCCAUUCUACCUGAGUGACUUGAAGCAUGCCCUCAGCCUGCAGUGCCUGGCCUCCAUCCUCUUCCUCUACUGCGCUUGCAUGUCCCCUGUCAUCACCUUUGGAGGGCUUCUGGGGGAGGCUACCAAGGGUAACAUUAGCGCCAUUGAGUCCCUGUUUGGAGCCUCUCUGACAGGGGUGGCCUUCUCCCUCUUCGCUGGGCAGCCGCUAACAAUCCUGGGCAGCACUGGGCCAGUCCUAGUCUUUGAGAAAAUCCUCUUCAAGUUCUGCAAGGACUAUGGGCUAUCCUACCUGCCACUACGGACUAGCAUCGGCCUGUGGACUGCAUUCCUCUGUCUGGUGCUCGUGGCCACGGAUGCCAGCUCGCUGGUCUGCUACAUCACCCGCUUCACAGAGGAGGCUUUCGCUGCACUCAUCUGCAUUAUCUUCAUUUAUGAGGCACUCGAAAAACUGUUCCACCUGGGCGAGGUGUUUCCUGUGAACAUGCACAACAAUUUGGACACUCUCACCCUCUACAUGUGUCGGUGUUCAGCACCUAACAGCACCACAGCCGAAAUGGUGCAGCACUGGAACCAGUCCGGCUUUGCGGUGGAUGCCAUCCCCUGGAGCAGCCUUAACGUAACUAUGUGUAUGGAACUUCAAGGGGACUUCGUAGGCCCAGCUUGCAGCCACCAUGGUCCCUAUAUCCCAGAUGUCCUUUUCUGGUCCAUCAUUCUCUUCUUCAGCACCUUCUUCCUCUCAUCAUUCCUCAAGCAAUUCAAGACCAAGCACUAUUUUCCCACCAAGGUGCGCUCGACCAUCAGCGACUUCGCUAUCUUCCUUACCAUCAUGGUCAUGGUGCUCGUGGACUACGUGGUGGGGAUCCCUUCUCCCAAGCUUCAUGUGCCUGACCGCUUUGAGGUGAAAACAGCUCUCCACCACAUUUGUCCCACUUCAAAACACCGUGGCUGGCUUAUUUCUCCCUUGGGGGACAAUCCCUGGUGGACGCUGGUGGCAGCAGCUAUCCCUGCUCUGCUCUGCACCAUCCUCAUAUUUAUGGACCAGCAGAUCACAGCCGUCAUCAUCAACCGAAAGGAGCACCGACUCAAAAAAGGCUGUGGAUACCACCUGGAUCUGCUGGUGGUGUCUCUGAUGCUUGGAGUGUGCUCAGUCAUGGGGCUGCCCUGGUUUGUUGCUGCCACCGUGCUCUCCAUCUCACAUGUCAACAGCCUCAAGGUAGAGUCGGAGUGCUCAGCCCCUGGCGAGCAGCCAAAAUUCCUCGGCAUCCGUGAACAGAGGGUCACCGGCCUCAUGAUCUUUGUGCUCAUGGGCUUAUCUGUCUUCAUGACCAAUGUGCUCAAGUUUAUUCCUAUGCCAGUUCUUUAUGGUGUCUUUCUCUACAUGGGUGUUUCUUCCCUGAAAGGCAUUCAGUUCUUCGACCGGAUCAAGCUUUUUGGUAUGCCAGCGAAGCACCAGCCAGACUUGAUCUACCUGCGGUACGUGCCCCUGUGGAAAGUACACGUGUUCACUAUGAUUCAACUCACCUGCCUUGUGCUUUUGUGGGUCAUCAAGGUGUCAGCUGCUGCCGUGGUCUUCCCCAUGAUGGUGCUAGCCUUGGUGUUUGUCCGUAAGAUGCUGGACUUCACCUGCUUUACCAAACGUGAGCUCAGCUGGCUGGAUGACCUUAUGCCAGAGAGCAAGAAGAAGGAAGAUGAUAAAAAGAAGGAAAAUGAGGAAGCUGAGUACAUGCUGGAGGCAGACCACGAAGCGACGAUGUGCAUUCUGUAUGAGGGUCAGGAUCUGAAUGUUCCCAACAAGAGCUGUAAAGUCAGUCAGGAGAGGGUGUCGCCUGUGAAGAUCUGCGUUGAGGAUGAAGAGGUUGUGAAAUUGACGGACACAGAGAGCUCCUUCUGAGGACCAGAGGAGCAUCGCUACAGGGGGUGAGGGGAGCAAACUCACGCCUUCCUGAUGCACCUUCAGCUGAUACCAAAGGAGACAUCUGCAGUGUGGGGAGGUGUCACAGGUCGACUUCACUUUUUACUCGCAAAUUCUGAUUCCAUAAAAAAUUCUACAAUUAAUUUGCUUAUGUUUCACAUCUGUGCACUCAUCCAGUAUUGGGUGGACUAGAGCCAGUGCCCCCAGGUAUAGGGCACCACACACAUGCUGACAUUUGUGGCAGUCAAGACACACAGAGGGCAAUUGAGACUCAGCAGUUCAUCUGAAACACAUCUUUGUACUGUGAGGGGAAAUCCACACAAACUCAAGGAGAACAUGCUCAUUCCACACACAAAGCUGGAUUUGAACCCAGAUUGAAAUCAGCAGCUGUGAGAUUCCAGCACAAGAUUUAAACAAGUUGCUUAGGAUGUCCGAAAAGGCAGAAGAUCAGCAAAGCCCUUUGAAACCUCUAACGACCUAGAGCUGUGAAACUGGGGGAGAGUCGAUCCUUGGCAUCGAACCUCGACAGAGAGUCCAGAUGAUGGAUCCACUGCGUGAAAUUCAGCAAAAAGUGAAUUUCAGAGAGCAGUAUCAUCAGUACAUGGUUAAUGGAAUUGAAAAAAAUCCAUUCAAUUAAUGAAAUUAAAAACCCUACCUCCAGGAUGGGCUCUGGACCACCGCGAUGCUGACCUGGACAAUUGGUUAACCAUAGUGGGUGACUGAGCAACUGAAACAGAGGAAAAAGUGGCUCACAAAUGUUACAGUACAUUUCCAGUCUCCGUCUGUCCUGUUCUUCAGACGUGAGCUCCAUGUUCUUGUCCUGCUCACAAUCAGUAAAUGACGUCUACAGUACUUUGUUUUCCUGCGUGCUCUAGUGCUCAAUAUCCUGUAUUUGUCUUGUCUCAGUAUUCAAAGUUUACAUAAGAGGUAAUACUUAAUGUAACUAUAUUUUACACUGUAGAUCAUUUUAUCACUUUAUGGUGAGUUAGUGUGUUUUUUAUCAUUAAUGCUAUUUUUUUCAGUUACGUUAAUUUAUUACAGUAGAUAGAACCCAUUUUUAAGACUUUUUUUUUUCUCUGUAAAUGUGAUGGCUAAAUAUGUGUCCUGUGUCACACACACCUGUGCACUUUGUGUGUUUUUCAUGUGUGUGGAGUAAACAUUUAUGUACCUUUUUGAUGUUACUGUGUAGAACCACCUCAGGAACCUGCUAGAGUCUGGACAGUUCUAGACUGCUCUUUCUGCUCUCCUGGACCUUUAGCCUUAAUGUGGUUAGUGACCGUAUCUCUGCCAUGUUGUCACUUGUUCACUGGCACAACUGUAAGAAUUCUAGCUGUUAAAACAGUUGUUACAGAUUUAUUCAUAAUCUCAGCAUUAGUGUUUUUUAAACCAACAUUACAAGAGAAUUAUGUUAAGAAAGAGAAAUGCUUGUAAGUAGCAGUUAAUUUAAUUGGAGAAAUACUUACUGUCCCUUGGUAAAUGCUCCUGGAUAACUGGACAUUCCAGCAGAGAACCAAAACCCCUCUUAUGUUCAAGGGAGGAGGUGCAAUAGGGACACCAACAGAUCUGUGACCAUGUGGUUUCAGGGUUGUGUGACAUAGCAGCUCAUGGGCCAGUGGCACCACCUUACCCAGGGGGACAGUGAGCAGCAGGUCUAGUUGGCCAUUGUCUUUGUCCAUACCGAACUGCAGCAGGUACUAUGAUGUGAGCUUGAUCCUGACCUCUUCAGUUUUUUUUAAUUGGUGCAUCGCCCACAAGGUACAGCAAUAAAUCAGAAUAUUGUGUAUGUACAUACCUUCCCAUACACAGUUUCCAUUGUCUGUAUGUGGAGUAUUUUAUACUAAUGGGUUUUUCUAUGUCAGUUUAGUGCCAAUUUUUUCCUCA